AUGAACGUGAUGCGUCGUCUCAAGAGCAUUGCUUCGGGUCGGACCUCCAUUUCUUCCGAUCCUGGAGGAGACUAUGGACUGAAGAGAGCCAAGCUGGAUCAAGACAACGACCAUUUAUGUAAUGAUCCGAUGCAGGUUGACCAAACGUCUUCGUCCUCUUCUUCGUCUCGUGAUAUGAGACAUACAGACAUGGUUUCACAAGAAAGUGUUGCUGGAACCUCUAACGCGCCUCCUCCUGUUGCUGCUACAAUGGAUGAUCAGCGUCCGGAAGGAAUGAUUGAAAUGAGGAUUAGAGACGAGCGUAAUGCUAACCGAGAAGACAAGGUCAAAUUGCUUGUUUUUGUUGUAUUGAGUAUAUUCAUUAGCUUCUUCUGCUCUAAUCUUUAUUUUGUUUUUGUGCAGGAUAUGGAACCAACUGUUGUUAAUGGAAGUGGUACUGAAACGGGUCAGGUUAUUACAACCACUGUCGGAGGGCGUGAUGGAAAGCCUAAGCAGACAAUCUCAUACAUGGCACAGAGAGUGGUUGGAACUGGCUCAUUCGGAGUUGUGUUCCAGGCUAAGUGUCUGGAAACGGGUGAACAAGUUGCGAUUAAGAAGGUUCUGCAGGAUAAAAGAUACAAGAACAGAGAACUUCAGAUUAUGCGCUUGCAAGACCAUCCCAAUGUUGUGCGGCUAAGGCACUCUUUCUUUUCGACUACUGACAAGGAUGAGCUGUAUCUUAACCUUGUCCUUGAGUUUGUUCCAGAAACUGUAUACAGAGCAUUAAAGCACUAUACCAAAGUCAAUCAGCAUAUGCCGAUUAUCCUUGUUCAGCUCUACACCUAUCAAAUCUGCCGUGCGCUGAACUACUUACAUCGUGUGGUUGGGGUAUGUCAUCGUGACAUCAAGCCACAAAAUCUACUGGUUAAUCCCCAAACCCAUCAACUAAAAAUAUGCGAUUUUGGAAGUGCAAAGAUGUUGGUGCCAGGUGAACCGAACAUAUCUUAUAUAUGCUCCCGGUACUACAGGGCCCCAGAACUUAUAUUCGGAGCAACAGAGUAUACCAAUGCCAUUGACAUGUGGUCUGGUGGUUGUGUGAUGGCAGAGCUUUUACUCGGCCAACCACUGUUUCCUGGGGAAAGUGGCAUUGAUCAGCUGGUGGAGAUUAUCAAGAUUCUUGGUACGCCGACGAGAGAAGAAAUAAGGUGUAUGAAUCCCAAUUACACAGAGUUCAAGUUUCCUCAAAUUAAAGCUCACCCGUGGCACAAGAUUUUCCAAAAGCGAAUGCCACCCGAAGCAGUAGACCUCGUCUCAAGACUCCUCCAGUAUUCACCAAAUCUUCGUUGCACUGCAUUGGAAGCUUGUGCACACCCCUUCUUCGAUGACUUGAGGGACCCGAAUGUUUCACUGCCAAAUGGAAGAGCACUGCCUCCAUUGUUUAACUUCACUCCCCAAGAACUUGCGGGUGCAUCAGCAGAGCUGAGACAGCGUCUAAUUCCAGCGCAUUGCCAGGGAACGGGAAGUAGCUCUUAA